CCCGGAAAUGGUAUUGACUCCCGUGCAGGAAGACCUGUGGUCAUUUUCAUAGAGAAGCAAAACAUGGAUGAAGCCAGAGGAGACAAGCCUUCCACUGAGGACAGUUCAAGCACUUUAACUCCGGUUUUAAGAAUAAGUCAGCUGGAUGCUUUUGAACUGGAUGCUGCUUUGGAACAGCUUGUUUGGUCACAGUUCACCCAGUGUUUCCAGCAUUUUAAACCUGGACAUUUAACCCCCUUUGAACCUGAGCUGAAAGCGGUCCUGCAGCUCCUUCUGUGGAGGUUCACCAUCUGCUCCCAUAGUGCCACCGUCGGGCAGUCUCUGCUCAACAUCAGAUACAAAAAUGAUCUCUCCCAGGCCCGGAGGUACCGGCCAAUGAGUCAGCGGCAGAAGCUGUGGUUCGCCUUGUGCACCAUCGGAGAGAAGUGGCUUAAGGAGAGGUCUCACAGCCUGUUCCUCAGCUGGCCUGCCGAGUCCAGCAUUCACAAAGUCAGACGCGCCGUCGCCUUCCUCAGCGGUUUCGCCAAAGUGGCCAGCCUCCUGAAUUUCUUGGCCUUCCUCCAGCGGGGGAGGUUCCCCACUCUGACCGAGCGGCUGCUGGGGGUACGGGCGGUUUUCAGCAAGCCCCAGGGCGUCCGGGACAUUGGCUUUCAGUACAUGAGCCGGGAGCUGCUGUGGCACGGCUUCGCGGAGUUCCUCAUCUUCCUCUUCCCUCUCGUCAACACGCGCAAACUGAAAGCAAGCGUGUCUUCGCUGUUCUCACCGCUGGAGGGACCGGGCGGCGAUGCCACCGAGGCCGCCCUACGCACCGAAUGCGCACUCUGCGGCGAAUGGCCAACCAUGCCGCACACCAUCGGCUGCAGUCACGUCUUCUGUUACUACUGCGCAAAGAGCCACUCCAUAGCUGAUGUGUACCUGUCAUGUCCAAAAUGUGGCGUGGAGAUCAAGACCCUGGAACCUGUGAGGAUACGGAUCAGUCUGUUUGAGAGUACCUCUUAAUUUGGACAUGCAGCAACUUGAAGCUGUAAUUAUUCUUUUGUUUUUUUCUUGAUUUUGUUCUAAUAAGAAUGAGAUUAAUUUGCACAUAUGAGACGGAUCUUCUGUCAGUCCAGAAAAUAAGUAA